CUGUAGUCCGUCCGUGCGGUGGCGAACAGUUUGCGAACGGCCGCGGCGCGCGACGGUACCGGAGAGAUUUGACAGCUGAGACCGAGUUGUGACUCUCGCCACUUCCAACCACCAUCACGCCGUCGUCGUAGCAUGUGCUCGCUAGGCCGGGGCCACGUAAUAAACCGUUUACCGUAUCGCGAGCCGCGCAACAAACUCGUCGCCUACGGCUACCGUUAGGGACAGCCAUAUUCGUCCACGGGGCCUCCUCUCUUUUCGCUUUCGCACGCAUGUGAUCACACGCGGAAUAUAACGGCGUUUUUCGCGCACCCCUUUGAAUCCUUUUCGCGCGCGUGCGGUCCGCAGAUCCUGUGUGUGUGUGUGUGUUUCUCUGUGUGCGCGCACGUCGGUAGUAUGAUUUUCUCUUGGAUAUUCCAGUGAAUCCGUGUGCAGCGUACCGCGGAAAAAGAGGUAGAGAGAGAGAGAGAGAGAAAGUUGAGAGCAGUCCGUCCGCGACGAGAGCAUUGACAGAGAGAGAGAGAGAGAGAGAGACAGACAGAGUAAAAGAGGAGAGGAGCAAGAGACGAGAGUUGGGAGGGAACGAUCCGGCGUGUAAAAGGAAUCUCAAUCCGUUUCCAAGGAGAGGUCCAGUUGUCCAGGAUGAGUUACUGCACCAGCGCGCCCAUGGUCACGCAGACUUGCGAGACUCUGCUCAGCAAGUGCGAAAUCCCGAUCAUCGACCUCGCUCACAUGGGCACGGAGAGGUGCCCUCAGAAGGGAGUCGUCAAGCUGGUGGCCUCGAAACUGCUAAGGGCGCUGUCCGAGAAAGGAUUGGCCUUGCUCGUCAACCACGGCAUUCCAGAAUGGAAGAUGAAGGCAGCUUACAGAGUUCUAGACACAUUUUGCGAAUUGCCUGAUGAAACGCGAGCAAAAUACGAGCGCGUUUCGCCAGAUAAUCACGGCUACGUUAAACCAGGCACGGAGAAAUUUUCGGACGAGAUGGAACUUCGCCAUGCCUUUAAUGUAACCGGAUGUGAACGAAUUCUGCCGGAAGAUGAAGUUCCUGGAUAUAGAUCAGCAGUGGAUGAAUUGACACGUGAUUUCAAGCAACUAGCUACCAUGCUUCUUACCGCUCUGUCCGUGGGUUUGGAACAGUCCCACGAUUUCCUGUUGUCGAAGCACACGCACAUACUCGGCCCUGGAAACGCAUCCACCCUGCGUCUCCUCUACUAUCCGCCACUCGGUACACCGGUACAAGGACUGACCCGAUGCGGCGCCCAUUGCGACUAUGGCACUUUCACUUUGUUGGCGCAGGACUGCGAGGGUGGCCUUGAAAUUCAAAUUGGGGAAAGAUGGGCUAGAGUAGGUCACCUCCCAGGCGCCAUAUUAGUGAACACUGGCGAGUUAUUGGCACAUUGGACCAACGGGCAGCUUCCAGCACUCAGACAUCGUGUUGUUAUGCCGGAACAUUGCGGUCGUGGCCGUCAUUCCAUCGCUUUCUUUGUACAUCCAGAUGAUAAUAUUCCUAUCGAGCCGUUAGAUACAAAGAUCACUGUAGCCAACCAGGAAACAACUCUUUGUCGCCUUCAGAAAAAGAAGCGUAGCGUCCUCACAGCGUAUCAACAUCUUCAACGUCGUUUUCGCGAGACUUACGCGUCUUAAUAUGCUGCAUGUGAUCCUGAGUAUUCUAUCAGGGUGACCUAAUGAAUCCAAAACUAUAAAUUUUAGUGCGCUCGUCGAGUUGGAGCAAAAAUAAAAUUUCGCGGAAAUUCGGAAAAGGUCGAUUUUACGGGCAGUGAAAUUAAGAUUACCAUAAGCUACGUUUUAAGACCAACAUAUCUUGCUCGAUAUAUAUACUAUUUAUUAAGAAAAUAUCUUAAAAAGUAUUACGCAUAAUAAUAUUCAUUCCAUUUAAGGUGAACACACAAAGAAUAAGAUCGUCGAUAACUUUUAAUUCUGACAAUUAAGGGAAUACUGGAGCCGCCUAUAUUAUCGAUAAAAUUAGCGUUUUUUUUACGUUUU